ACUCUCUUAACAUCUGCUUGGAGAUUGUGCGGGAAGGUCAAAGGUGAAAAGUCAGGCAGUAUUUCAGCUGAAAAUCGCGCGUUCGCUUUUUCAGCAAGAAUAUGGAUUUAUUUGGCGACUUACCAGAACCAAAUGCAGAUAAUAAAGAGACUGAAGUUCAAGAAAAACCAGAAACCUCGAUUUCUGAGAAAAAAGUAAAAGAUUCGUUAUUUGACGACCUUCCAGCAGAGUCUGCCCCAACUUGUGCAGCAGAGGUCGCAAAGGUCAGCAAUGGGUCAAAGGUUGAUGACCCUGAGGCAAGAGGUCAGAAGAGGAAAGCAGAAGAAGAUGCAUGUCAAGCACAGAAGAUUGCUGCUAAAGGCCUGUCCAGUCUUGUUGGCUAUGCUGCAGGUAGGAAGGGGGAGAGACAGGAGAUGCAGGACGCUCAUGUCAUCAUCAACGACUUCACACAACAGUUCUCAUGCCUCUCUCCUAAAAUAUCUAGGUUAGCCUACUAUGGGGUGUAUGACGGACAUGGUGGGAAGAGAGCAUCUUUAUUCACAGCUGACGUCUUACACAAGAACAUUGCGGACAAGUUUCCUAAAGGUGAUGUUCUGAACAUGGAGAAGGAAAUUAAGAAAUGUCUUAUUGAAGCCUUUAAGAAAACAGAUGAGGAAUUCCUGAAGGAGGCGUCACAACAUAAGCCUGUGUGGAAGGAUGGGACCACGGCUGUAUCCAUACUGGUGGUGGAUGAUGUCAUGUACAUAGCAAAUCUGGGAGACAGCAAGGCAAUAUUGUGCAGAAGAAAAGAAGAUGGGUCUCUCACAGGAGUUCCGCUGACUAAGGACCACUCUCCCGUGCAGUACGAGGAACGACAGAGGAUACAGAAAGCUGGCGGAUCCGUCAGGGAAGGUCGCGUGUUGGGGGUGUUGGAGGUGUCGAGGUCCAUCGGUGACGGCCAGUACAAGCGGUGCGGGGUCAUCAACACUCCGGACAUCAAGAGAUGCCAGCUGAUUUUUAGAGAGGUGUUCCUGUUGUUAGCCUGUGAUGGACUGUGGAAGGCCUUCUCUGUAGCCGAGGCCAUCCAGUAUGUGUCAGAGGUACUGCAGGAUGAGAGCAUCUCAGCCACAGAGUUCCACAGUGCAGAAGAAGUGAGGUUUGAUACGGCCUGCGGAAAACUGGCAUCGGAAGCUGUACUAAGGGGCAGCUCGGACAAUGUUACUGUACUCCUAGUGUCUGUAAAGAAGUCUUGACAUAACGUCUUGUGUAGGCUAUGAUAAAAAAACUUUGUUGAGUGUAGUACAGAGGUGCAGCUGUGAAAAUGCCUCUCAUAGUGUCUGUGAAAAAUGUCUUGAUGUAACAUCUUUGGUUCUGUUCUUUUUAAACCAAAGACACAUUCAAGAAUGCUGAGAGACUCUGCAAUCCCAUAGUUGUUGUGUUGUCUAUACAGCUGUUAAUGGAAUAUCAUUUCUGUACAAUUGAUUAGGCAGUGGAAAUAGCAAUAAGAAAUGGACUGGUAUUAUUUUUUUAUUCCAAAACUUACAUAGUUUGAUUUAGGGAAAGCUGAAUGCAAAGCUUUAGGGAAUAGUGAAGAAAUAGAGUAUCCUUGAGAUUUUCAGACUCCAUUUGGUAUUACAGUAGAUUCAUCCAUUAUUACCAAUAGGCAUAUACCGUACUAUAAACUGUAGGAAAAGAAAUGGCUGUUUUUCGUCAGAAAAUUUACAGUCUAAGUUGUGUAACUGACCUCACUUGAUUAGUCCAUUGUUGUGUAGUGCAUUCAAGUGUUGCUAUUAUAUUGUGCAGUUGAGUGAUGUCAUUAUGCACACUGUAGUUUUAUUAGAAUUUGCAAGGUGGCGCUGUUUUUUAUUGCAGUCACGUUACACGUACCAUCCAUAAGAAGUGUUACACCGCUUGUCGGUGUAUUCAGAGGUGCCAAAGUAACCACAGAGAAUUCACACAAUCCCCUGCUAAGAAGAUACGAGUUUUACUAAUUGUAAAAUGUGUAUGUAUUUCUUUAACUCCUAUGAAUUCCAUAAAAUUAGAAUGAAGACAUAUACUUGCUAACAGGUAUUCUGCAAGAAGAGGUCGAUGGGGGAAAUUGUGACCAUUUUUUCUUACAUACCGCAGUUUUCUGUCAGCUAACCCCAUGAGACAGAUAUAAGAAAUAUAAGAAAAUGGUUGAUAUUUUUCCCCCUCAACCACUGCUUGCAUGAGUCAUACAUACGAAGAAUCAUCUUUGUACAUAACGUGAGUAUACAUAUGCAACUGUGCAAUGAUAGCCAAUACAGCAACAAAUAGUUUACACAGCA